UGUGUCAAGGGGCUUGGCGCAAAACCGGACUGGCGCACAGAAAUAUACACUGAUGGAGCAUAAACCAUACAUAGUGCCAGGAGAGGCACCAGAGUCUGACAGUGAGGAAGAGGUUAAUGUAACAGUUGCCAAAAGCUUGAAAGUGAAGCAUUCAGGUCCAAGUAAUCCACAGGGAAUAAUAAUAGCAGGGGAAGCUCCAGAAUCAGAUGAAGAACAUGAAGAAGAUGCUGGGAGUGUGAGCAGUGUGAGCAGUGCUGCCAGUGUAUUGUCUCUGGCAUCUUUGACGUCCGGGAUCAAAAGAAACAUCAAAGUUCCUGCAAAGAAAAAGAAAUCUGAUGGUGUGAUAUACAGUACACUGUUGCAUAAAAGACUUCGCGAACGCAACAUGUCUCUUCAUAAGAAUGUACAUGACAUCGUACAUGAGACUGUUGUUACAGCAGGACGGGAACUUAACACAAUGAACCACCAGCUCCUUCGUUCACAGUGUCAGCUGCAGGAAGCAGAGACAGCAGUUAGAGUCUUGCAAACACAUCUCAUGCAGCUGCAGAUGAAGCUGGCUACUGUAACAUCUACAGCAUUCCUUCCAUACAUUAAUAUUCCAGCAGAAAAUGCUAAUGGAUUAGAAUUCAAAUAGAGCAUAGUUCAUCUCCUAUACUGGCAGGCCUGUUGCUAUGGGCACUUCAAGCUACAAGUAGUUUUGUUUCUGUUUCUGGGUGGAUAUAACUGCCUUCAGGAUUGAUAUGACUUCAGCCCUGAAGACAGGACGUACAUUUUUCUAAAUAGUUGGUAACCAUCCAUACCAGGCUAAUGUCACUGUUUCUACCACAUUCAUCUUCCUGAUUUUAUGCACUACAUGGUGAAUUAUAUUGGCUGCAGUAUACCUAGAAGGGAGAACUGAACCAAGGUUUAUGCCAUUAUUAGUAUGCUGCAACUUUACAAGAUCUCAUAGUUGGAAAAUGAUCUGUUCCUUUGUGCAAUGUAGUAAGGAGUCUGAAAGGCUAGUGGUGGUUUCUAAGUGACUGCAGAAAUUUUAGGGAUGCCUUCAUCAGUACACUCUGUGCUUCAUCAUGUGUCUUUGAUGCUGAGUUGUGCCCCUCCUGUUUAACAUGUUUAAUUUUAAUUUGAAGGUUUGAUGACUUUAUUGUAUGAUUAUUUCCAGUUGCCUCUGUCAGGCUAUUACUCUUCAGAAAUUCUAUUCCAUUUUCCUUUUGACAGGUUUACUGUUUUGUCUAGUAAUAACCCAGGUGUGCUUCUUAACUUCAGCACACAAUGAUAAGCAGUCCACACUUCAGGCCAUGGUUUUCCUGGUAUUUCACAACUGUUGAGUUUCAAAAUUCAUAUUUUUUUCCUCAGCAAUAAAUCACAUAUUCUAGUAUCUGCAACAACUGACUUAUUGUCUUCAGGCAUUUUAUUCCAUUUAUGUUCACAGUAAUACCACCUUAUUUCUUUCUCUCAGCUCCACUGCUCCAUUGUCACGAACUAAUGAGGCACUUAAAAAAAAAAAGCUAACCCACAGAAUAAAAUAUUGUACAGUAAUAUAAUUACAGGUACCACAAACAAGCACUGAACACAGUAAUUACUGAUAACUGUUUAAUUCUUUCAUUUUGUAAAUAUCUCAAAUAUUACUUCAUGAAUAUGUGAGACAACAAUUGCUACUUUGUGCCGAAUGAAUGGGCUUAGUUUUUAAUAACUGUACAAACUCAACUAACAAUGAGCUGAUAAGCCAGAAAUCAUACAUCUGGAUUUUUAAAAUUUCACUGCAGUGGUUUGUUUUAAUAUUCAUUUUUCCGUUGCUUCAACAAACAAAAGUGUGCUUGUUGUAAAUUGGGACUGUUGUUGGCAUCAUGAUAAGCAAACUGUUAAUUAAAACACAAAACUUCUAGCCAAUGAGGCACUGAUUGCUGCAGUGAGUUAACUCUGCCUUGCAUCUCAGAAAUAGACGAAACAAGGAAAGUCUAACUGUGUGUCAGAACAAUACUAAAAAGCAAAACUUAACACACAGUCUCAUGUAAAAAUUAAGUUAGAACUGACCUAUUUCAUUGCUGUUUACAUUUUUUAAUAUAUUCUUACAUCUCUUUGUAUUGCACUGUUGACUUUUUAAUACUGUGGGCACCUAAAAGCUGGAUAUAUGACAUCCAUUGCUAUGCAAUGGCUACCAUAAGAAUGCAUACUUCAGUGACAAACGAAAACAUAGCCAGACUGCUACAUAAGAAAUUCCCUAGGCAACAGAGACCGAAUUGUUGAGUUCCUGCAGCAAUGGAUAUGCUAGCCAACACUGUGUUGAAGACAGAGAGAACACUUGGACAAGGUGUUCUCUUGGCAGUACAUGAAGAUCUACUUUAAGAGGGUAGAUGGCGACAGAUCAGAUCAGAUCCAAGGAGAUUGGAAUUGAGAUAAGAUCAGAUCAGUGAUCAGAGAGGGAAGCAGGAGGAGAAUGGACAGAAGCCUUUGUAUGGCGUAGUUACAAGGAACAUUAGAGUCUGAUCAUUGUUUGCAGUUAUGAAGUGUUAUAAUUAUCGCGUGUGAUAAUUGUAAUUCUGCCUGGCAUAAUUGUCCAAUAAGACAUAUUCGUCUAAAGCCACAACCCAGCAAUUAUUUGUCACGGAUACCCAGACAUGUGACGAUAUUUUCACGUUUUGUAUCUGAUGACAGUCAGCGUUUUAGUCGCUUUGUCUUGAUGCAAUUUUUUUUUUUUAAAUUUUAGGACACUAACUCUCCACAGUAUGAUGUAAUCACCCCAAAAAAUAAACAGCACCAUUCACAAACUGCUAUGAAUGCCUGAAAAUUUUGAUUUAUGAAGGUAUUUGAUAGAAAUAUGAGGAUUAUCUACGUUGAGCAUUAUGAAAAGAUUUCUCAUCAGUAAAGACUGAAUGUAUUAUAGCCAUAUGUACAACUAAUGGAGAAUAUCACUAUUACAUAUUUGAGUUUUGAAAAAGAAAUAUAUAUACAUGUGUGCAUAGAGUAAUGCUAAUAUAAUAAAGAAUACAGUCACAUCAUGUGAUUAUUCAGCUUAA